AUGAAAAUUGGUGUUUUUGGUAUUGUCCAAGAACCUACAAAUAUAGAAUGUGAUAAUAAAUUAAUGCUUUUUAGAAAAGGUUGUACACCUUUAUGGGAAGAAUGGAAGGGAGGUGGUUGCUGGAUAUUAUUAGUAUAAGGAGAAAUGUAUAAAAAGUUAAAUAUUAUAUGGGAGGAUUUAUUAUUAGGUUGUGUAGGUGAAUAAUUUAAGGAUUCAAAUAUAAUUGGAAUUGUACUAUCAAUAAGAAAAAAUAAAAAAGCAGUAAUAGAAAUGUGGAUGAGAGAUAGAGAUGAAAGCAAGAAAAUAAGAGCAGGAGAAGAAUUAAGAAACUUACUAGAAUUAGAACCGAAGAAUCUAAUUUUUUAUUAUAAAGAUCAUUAAUUAUCCCUUAUAGAAGGUUCUACCAUGAAAGGUUCAAAAUCAUAUAAAUUUAUAGGUACUCCGGUACCUACACCUAUUAUUCCUGAAAUUAUUGGACUAGAAAACGCUACUGAAUAAGAAAUAAAGAAAGUAUAAGAAGAAGAUUUUGAAAUAUGA